GAGAGGGAAGACGGGGCGGGGCUUGGGCGCCCCAUUAUCGAGCCGCUUGCUGCGCCGUUAACUGCGCGAGAACAACGGAGAGAGCCGAGCUAGCAGCGAAGGACGGACUCUGACUUGGCGCUCUUUGGAUUUGGAGGUCACAGACGUGGACUAUGAUUGAGACCAUCGAUACCCAGCGUGCUUUGCAGGCUGUCGAAAGACUUCAGGCCAAACUAAAGGAGCGAGGGGACAGCUUCAAUGAAGAGCAAAUCGGCUUGCUGAAGAGCGUCCUGCAGAGCCCGCUGUUUCACCAGAUCUUGUCUCUUCAGAGCUCGGCUCAUCACCUCAAGGAGCAGACAAACCCACCAUCGCAGUCUAUAAGCAAUGAGGGGUCCUCUGUCGUCAGCGCCAACUCUCCCUCGACCAAAAUCCCUCCAAGUGACUCUUAUGUGUUGGCACAGCAAAAGGGAAGUCUUGAAUCCUCGACCUUCUCCUUGUCCUCACAAAUUAAUGGAAAGCCAUCUUUGGAUGAGUUUGAUGGCCUCAUCAGGUCGAUGGCACAGGGUCGCCAUGUUGAGUUCAUCGAGCUGGUCAAACCUUCCUCCGGAGGCCUUGGCUUCAGCGUGGUGGGUUUGAGGAGCGAGAACAGAGGCGAGCUGGGCAUUUUUGUGCAGGAAAUCCAGGAGGGCAGCGUGGCACACUGUGAUGGGAAGUUGAAGGAAGCCGAUCAGAUCUUGGCCAUCAAUGGUCAAGCGCUUGACAAAAGCAUCACUCACCAGCAAGCCAUUAGCAUCCUUCAGAAGGCCUCCGAGAAGGUGCGCUUGGUUGUGGCCAGGGGCUCCAUUCCUAAGCUCGUCAGCCCAGUUGUCUCCCGAACGCCGUCGUCCGCCAGCACCGUGUCGGCCCACUCCAGCGCCCUGCAGCACCUUCACUGGCAGCAUGUGGAGACCAUAGAGCUGGUCAACGAUGGCACAGGCCUGGGAUUCGGGAUCGUCGGAGGGAAAACUACAGGAGUGAUUGUGAAGACCAUUCUACGUGGAGGGGUGGCCGAUCAGGAUGGACGACUUCUCAGUGGCGAUCACAUACUCCGGAUUGGCGAGACGGACCUGCAGGGAAUGGGCAGUGAGCAGGUGGCGCAGGUCCUGAGGCAGUGUGGGAAUCGCGUGAAGCUGGUCAUUGCCAGAGGAGCCUUGGAAGAUUCUUCUCCGCCGCCGCCUGCCCUUCCUCCAGUAGCAGAGCAGCAGGUGGAGGCACUGGCUUCAGAAGAGGACGAGGACAGUGAUGCGUUUGAUGUGCAUUUGACCAAAAACGCCCAGGGACUCGGUAUAACCAUUGCUGGUUAUGUGGGAGACAGAAGCUCUGAGCCUUCAGGUAUCUUUGUGAAGAGCAUCACAGAAGGUAGCACAGUUGAACAAGAUGGCCGAAUCCACGUUGGUGACCAGAUUAUAGCAGUGGAUGGAACCAACAUCCAGGGUUUCACCAACCAACAGGCCGUGGAGGUCCUGAGGCGUACGGGGCAGACGGUGCACCUGAGGCUGAAACGGAGGGGCUUCAGAGGUGAGCUGCAGGCUCCAGCUGAACACGCGCUAGAAAGACCACUUGAGAAGGACUCGGCGGUGGAGACGGCCAGCAGCCCGGCUGCCAGAGAGCCUUCCCAGCAGUCUGCGCCGUCUUGUUUGGCAACUUCUGCUUCACCUACAGAUGAAGGAGGCGAGGAAGAAGAAGGAUAUGCCGCCAGUGAAGAAGAUCUGAAGAAGAAGUGCUUCCACCUCGGAUGUCUCAUCCCCCAGUCAGCCUCUGGCAUUCCCACCAGCUGGUGUGGUGACACUGGAAUGAAGUGGACCUUGGCGUCGUCCGCUGUUUCGGUGGCACUCGACGGCGAGUCACAGGUGAGCCGCUCACACGCCGGGCCUCGCUUCCUCCUCCGUACGACUUGUCUGGCAUCGUGGCAUCUGGCGCUCUUCUUGUUCCAGACGGUGACCGCUGACUCGGCGGAUGACAAGCCAUCUCCAUCGCAAAGCAAUUUGGCCAAGGCGUCACUGAGUGAAAACCCGUUGGAGGGUUCGCUGCGUCCCAGUAGGCUUUUCCUAGGCCUCUCCCCAGCUAACCCCUUUGCUCCUACUCCUUUUAAGGUGACAAGUCGCCGGGAUGCUGAAAUGGGAAGAGCAUCGCCUGGCGCCAUGGCACGGCUGCCAGUUGAGACCACAGCUGGUGCUGGAUGGGCAGACGCCGAGGCCACCGACGGAGCCGGGUCGCCGGAGGAAGAGCAGGAUGAAUUUGGGUACAGCUGGAGGAAGAUCAUUCACCGCUACGGAAGUCUGCCUGGAGAGCUGCACAUGAUAGAGCUGGAGAAGGGCAGGGCGGGCCUCGGGCUGAGCCUGGCAGGCAACAAGGACCGGUCGAGGAUGAGCGUCUUUGUCGUGGGCAUCGAUCCAAACGGGGCCGCGGGCAAGGAUGGCAGAAUCUUGGUUGGCGAUGAGCUGCUGGAGAUCAACGGUCAGAUCCUCUAUGGCAGGAGCCACCAGAAUGCCUCGUCCAUCAUUAAAGGUGCACCUUCAAAGGUCACGAUGAUCUUCAUCAGGAAUACUGAAGCACUCAACCAGAUGGCAGUCGGGCCCAUGAAGGAGCUCACCAGCGAGGCCACUGGAUCCCAGCCUGAAGGCUGCAUUUCCAUGGUGCCACCUUUGGUGUUCGAUCUUGACCGAUUCAAAGGGGUUCAGCACGUCGUUCUUCCCAAGGAUGACGGAGGCCUGGGCAUCGCCAUCAGUGAGGAGGACACAAAGGCAGGCGUGCUGAUCAAGAGCUUAACAGAACGUGGUGCGGCCGCCAAAACUAGCAGAAUCAAAGUGGGAGACAGAAUUUUGGCAGUGGAUGAUGAAGUUGUCCUGGGCGAGCCUGUGGAGAAGGUUAUCACCAUGUUGAAAAAAGCCAAGAGCUCCGUGAAGCUCACACUCAGUUCGGAUGAGGAAGGCCCCCCAACCCCUCCAGUGGCUCUGCCCAUUGGCAGCAGCGAAGACUGCGAUGUGCUGCAUGCUGGCCUGGACUCCCCAGAUGUGGACUGCCAUGGCACUCUGGGCAGGUUGUGCACGCCGGCAACACUGGCAUCAGACCCUGCCACCUGUCCUAUCAUCCCGGGAUGUGAAACGACAAUCGACAUCUCUAAAGGGCGCACCGGUCUGGGACUGAGCAUCGUUGGCGGAGCAGAUACGCUGCUGGGUGCCAUCAUUAUUCAUGAAGUUUAUGAAGAAGGAGCGGCCUCUAAAGAUGGCAGGCUGUGGGCCGGGGACCAGAUCUUAGAGGUUAACAGCAUUAAUUUAAGAAGUGCCACUCAUGACGAAGCCAUCAAUGUCCUGCGACAGACUCCACAGAAGGUUCGCCUGACGGUGUACCGAGACGAGGCCCAGUACAAGGAGGACGACAUGUGGGACACGUUCUCGGUGGAGCUUCACAAGCAGCCGGGUGAAAGCCUGGGCCUGAGUAUCGUCGGGAAGAGGAAUGACGCAGGCGUCUUUGUGUCAGACAUCGUGAAGGGAGGAGUGGUUGAAAAAGACGGGCAACUCAUGCAGGGAGAUCAGAUUUUAUCUGUCAAUGGCGAAGACGUCCGGACUGCCACACAAGAAGCUGUGGCCGCAUUGCUGAAGUGCUGCUCUGGAGCGAUCCAGCUGGAGGUCGGCAGAUUCAAAGCGGGGCCGUUCCACUCGGAGCGCCGGUCAUCUCGCAGUAGUCAGACAAGUGAAAGUGACGGCCAUGAAAGGACAUCAUUUGGCACGCUGCUCCCAGAAUGCACCACGGCCAGUGACUGUAACAGUGGUCUGAGGCGGCGCGCCUCGUCAGACCGAGCCGCUCUGAGGACGGUGGAGUUGACUAAGGAGCCAACGGAUUGCCUGGGAAUCAGCAUUGCCGGAGGAGUGGGAAGCCCGCUUGGAGAUGUUCCCAUUUUUAUUGCCAUGAUGCAUCCCACGGGUGUGGCAGCACAGACGCAGAAGCUGAGAGUUGGAGACCGAAUUGUUAGCAUCUGUGGCACGUCGACCGAGGGCAUGAGCCACUCUCAGGCUGUGGAUCUGCUGAAAAACGCCUCGGGCUCCAUUGAGUUGCAAGUCAUUGCUGGAGGAGAAGUGAGUGUCAUCGCUGCCCACGCCCAGGACCAACCGGGAGGGAGUCUGUCUGUCGGCGGCCUCUUCCAAGAUGAGCUGGGGCCUCCACAGUACAAGAAUAUCACCUUGGACCGGGGACCCGAUGGCCUGGGCUUCAGCAUCGUGGGGGGCUUUGGGAGCCCACAUGGAGAUUUGCCCAUUUACGUCAAGACUGUCUUUACAAAGGGAGCUGCAGCUGAAGAUGGACGCCUAAAACGAGGUGACCAGAUCAUAGCCGUGAACGGGCAGAGCCUGGAGGCGGUCAGCCAUGAAGAAGCAGUCGCCAUCCUCAAGAGGACCAAGGGCUCUGUCACCCUUACAGUCCUGUCAUAGGCCAGCAUGUCCUCGAUGGAAACUGACAACAACUACAACGUGGCAGUGUGAGGACCACCGCCACACAUACACCCACACACACGAUAAUCGAGGGCAGUGAAGGUGGCAGCGGUGGCAUCACUGCAGAGGGUCAUCUCGCCACUUUGACAUCUUGUGCUGCUCCCAGAAUGCCGCUGAGGUUGUCUCAAUGACACGGCCAUAAAAGAGGUCACCGUUGACUCCCAAUAAGUGACACUCUGUAAGCUCCCUGCCCCGCCCAGCUGACGUCACCUCCCCUCCAUGACACUGGCGCCGCCCCUGAACUGCCUCCGUGUGUGUGUGUGUGUGUGUGUGUGUGAAUGAAUGUGCGCUCCCUUGUGACACACAACCCUAACUGUGUGCCACCCACACUCCCAAGUGCAGGCUUACCCUUGAGGCCCCAUCCUUGUGCCAGCUACCAACCACCUCCUUAUACUCCUCCUCCUCUUCAUCGCUGGACACCAGAAAGCGGUCUGAAGCCCUGAGGUGACUCUUAGUCUUCCUGUCAUUUAUCCACAGCCACCGUCACAUCAGGUGUCCUUGGCAGUUGGAAUGGAAGAUGUGCUGGGGCAGGGUGGCAAGGAGGAGGAUGAAGGCCAUCAAGCUGGCACAACCACCUCCGUAUAUAAACAUAUCAAUCUGUUAACAGGGAGCCACCACGCAUCGGUGGGCAGAAGGCAGGGAUUGGGGUGGCACCUGAAAGAUGAGACAUUUGGCAAGCCUUUCUUUAGAUGGGUGCCAGGGCAGCAGAUGAAGAACAUGAAUGUCUGAGCUUGAGCUGGAGAUGGCAGCGGUAGGACAGCCACCUGCUGUGACUCGAAUGACAUGUGACAUGACUGGACAGACUCGUCAUCUGACUGCUGGGGUACGUUGAUGGUGACAGGAUUGUUGGUGCCCGGUGUGGCAACUUUCUGUCCAUUGGCAGCAUUUUCUGUAGAAGUCUUUGAGAGCUGGCAUAGGUGGGUGAGGUGACACGAUGUAACAGCUGCCCUGUAGAGUCACCGACUUGUGUGUGUCAUCGUGAUUUCAAUAAAAUGAACGUUUAGUUCUGCUGA